AUGGCCGCGCCCGCCCGCCGACUGUGCCAUAUCGCCUUCCACGUGCCCACAGGGCAGCCUCUGGCCAGGGAUCUGCAGCGCCUCUUCGGCUUCCAGCCCGUGGCGGCGCGGGAGGCCGACGGCUGGCGGCAGCUGGCCCUGCGCAGCGGCGACGCGGUCUUUCUGGUGAAUGAGGGCGCGGGGGCCCGGGAGCCGCUCUACGGCCUGGACCCGCGUCACGCAGUGCCCAGCGCCACCAACCUGUGCUUUGAUGUGGCGGACGCGGGAGCCGCCGCCCGGGCGCUGGCGGCAAAGGGCUGCCGCGUGCUGGUGCCCCCCGUUACUGUGCAGGAUGCACUGGGUGCUGCCACCUACACCGUGGUCAACUCGCCCGCAGGCAACCUCAGCCUGACGCUGCUGGAGCGCACCGACUACCGCGGACCCUUCCUGCCCGGUUUCCGACCUCUGUCCUCCAAACCCGGCCCGGGCUGGUUCAGCCACGUGGACCACCUGACCUUGGCCUGCACCCGCGGCAGCUCCCCUACACUGAUGCGCUGGUUCCACGACUGUCUAGGCUUUUACCACGUGCCACUGAGCCCAGGUGAGGACCCGGAGCUGGGCUUGGAGGUGACAGCGGGUUCCGGACAAGGGGGGCUGAGGCUCACUGCCCUGCAGACAGGGCCAUGCGGUGCUGUCCCCACCCUUGUGCUGGCUGAGUCCCUGCGGGGGGCCGCCCGUGGACUGGACCAGGUGCAGCAGUUUUUGGCCCAGCACAGAGGACCAGGCCUGCAGCAUGUGGGACUGUACACACCAAACAUCAUAGGAGCCACUGAAGGGGUGACUUUGGCUGGGGGCCAGCUCCUGACUCCUCCGAAGGCCUACUACCAGCAGCCAGGCAAGGAAAGUCAGAUCCUAGCUGCAGGUCAUGAGCCCAGCCAGCUGGCCCUGCAGGGAAUUCUGCUAGACGGCGAUGAAGGCAAGUUUUUGCUUCAGGUCUUCACCAAGUCCCUCUUUGCAGAGGAUACCUUCUUCCUGGAGCUGAUUCAGAGGCAGGGGGCCACAGGCUUUGGCCAGGGCAACAUCCAGGCCUUGUGGCAGUCCGUGGAGGAGCAUGCUGCCAGGGGUCAGGAAGCCUGAGGAAGCCGGAGCUGGCAGCCACCUGUCCUGGAGGUCCGGGGGUUCAGCACAGGGCCUGGCGGAAUAAGGCUUUGUCCCUAGGGCCAGGUGUGGCCUCCAUUCAUCAGUACCUGCCAGAAGUUGAAUCUCUCACUGGGGUCCAAAGAAGUCAGUUUGUUUGUUUUUAACUAUAAAACACUUUUUACAGUCUGUA